UCAUGACCGUCACAGAGAAACAAAGCCAGACAGUACGAGAGGAGGGAACACAUAAGGGAUUACCAUGGUGGCAAUCACACAGUUACAAAAGAUUGGUAUUGGUCUGAUUGGAUUUGGUUCAUUUUUCCUACUCUUUGGUGUGCUGUUGUACUUUGACUCUGUUUUGCUGGCCUUCGGGAAUAUCUUGUUUCUGAGUGGUUUGACAUUCAUUAUUGGCCUCAGGAGGACAGCUCACUUCUUUUUCCAAAGGCAUAAGUUUCGAGGUUCUUUCUUCUUCCUGGGAGGUGUGUCUCUGGUGCUGUGCCGAUGGCCAAUCAUUGGAAUUCUGGUGGAGAGUUACGGCUUUGUGCUCUUAUUCAGGUCCUUCUUCCCCAUGGCCUUAGGAUUUGUGCUGUCAGCUGUGAAUAGCCCUUUCCUCAGUGCAUUUUUCCCCAGCAGCUCUUCCAUGGUCUAAGCAGAAGAACAUCUUGUUGCAGUGAUGGAAAGCUGGAUGCCCUUUAAGUAACAGUGUUAAUUAAAUAGUGGGUAGACAGAAGGGAGAACUGAUUAGUAUCUCAACUGUUGUCAUUUAUUUUGCUAAUGUACUGUACUAUGUGCGAUUUGGGUUACAAUUAAUGACCCAGUAGUAGUACUGCUUAAAAGAUACUCCUACCUGGUAGCUCACCUGGCAGAGCUGCCACCCCAUGUACCAAAUCUGAGUCCUUACUGCAGCA